GUGUGUGCCGCCCGAUUGGCUGUGGCCGCCCGGCCCGGUAUCCGGGUAAGAUGGCCGCAGUCGGAGAGUGCUCGCUCCCCGUUCCGUGGAAUUCGGUGUCUCUCACUCACGUCGAGUAUCCAGCAGGUGACUUCACUGGCCGUCUCCUCGCCUACCUGAGCCUCAGUCCCAUUUUCAUCAUAGCUGGCUUCAUCACCCUCAUUGUGUUCAAGAGAGAGCUACACACGAUCUCUUUCUUGGGCGGGCUGUGUUUCAAUGAAGGUGUAAAUUGGUUAAUCAAGAACAUUGUCCAGGAGCAGAGGCCUUGUGCAGAAGCCCACCCGUCUGUUUAUUCAAAGUACGCAAUGCCUUCCAGCCACUCUCAAUUUAUGUGGUUUUUCUCUGUCUAUUCUUUCCUCUUUCUUUAUUUAAGAAUGCACCAAACCAACAAUGCCAGGUUUCUGGACUUACUGUGGAGACACGUGUUGUCUCUGUGCCUCUUAACCGUGGCCUUUCUAGUCUCAUACAGCAGGUAUGUUGGGGUCUACUUACUGUAUCACACCUGGAGUCAAGUUGUGUACGGAGGGCUUGUGGGAAGCUUCAUGGCUGUCCUUUGGUUUGCCUUCACGCAGGAAAUCUUAACACCCUUGUUCCCAAGGAUAGCUGCUUGGCCGUUGUCCGAGUUUUUCUUAAUCCGAGACACCAGCCUCAUCCCCAAUAUCUUAUGGUUUGAAUACACAGUGAGCAGAGCAGAAGCCAGGAACCGGCAGCGUAAGCUGGGUACAAAGCUACAGUGAGUGUUGACGUCUCCAGAAUUGGACUACGCAGUUCUGUAUCCCAGAAUGCCGGAACGGAAAGACCUGCGCAGAACUUUGGGGAUGGAGCAAGACGCCUUUUAAGGGACAGACCAAAGUAUCAGGCAGGGACCACCACCUGAAGACCCCAGAGGCCUUCUCCAAUGCGCUGGAUCGAUCCUGCUGCAUGCUGAGUCUGUCCGAGCAGAACCCAUUUAUAUUAUUGCAGGUGCACAGCGUUCGGCCGGAUGUCACCCUCCCUCAGGCACGAUGCGCCGGGAAGCCUUUUUUUUUUUGCACAAGCACCGCUAAAUUGGAUGGGGCCAGAGGGGCAAGGCGGGACGUCUGGGUGGUCCAUCCACUUCAGCCGGGCUUGCGUUAGACAUCCGUCGGUAGAUCGUACCUGUGAAUAUUUAAGUUGGGGCUGGGAAGGGACCGUACGCCUUGGGGAUAAACCCGAUACAGCUCUGUGACUUUUCUAUUGAAUUUCUUUUUUUAAAAAAAAAUUUGCAGCAUGCAAUCCACGCACUAUUUGUAUCAUGGGUUGUCCAGUUUGCUGAAGGGGCCGGUUGGAUCAUGUUUUUUUGGGGAGAGCAGCCAGCUCACUGCCACUUUUAAAAAGUUGGCGGCGAAAUGAAAUCCAACAGGGUUAGAGAAAGGGGACCUUUAUUCCCAACCGCACUUUGUCUCAGUUUAAGCAGGCGAUGGUUGCUUUGAACACUAAUGCUCCUUCUGCACACCUCACCAGAGCAACCCGACAACCUUAAUUAAGGAUCUGCAUGUGCUGAUCAGUACAAUGGUAAAAAAAUCCACAAUGCUUUUUUCCCCCCUUCCUUAAUCACAUUCUGGUACUGAGAUACUCAUCCAAAUUUGGGGGUUCUUUUGAGUGCCAACCAGAGGAUCCCUAUUCCUGUAACUCUUCCCCUUCCCUUCCUCUGCUUUCUCCCCUACUCCACAAUCCAGACUAUCGCAAACUCAGUUUUUGCUGGUUGUUUCAAAGGAAAGCCCACAAGUGGGAGCAUCCCUGGGUUCAGAAGUGGGCGAUGGGGAUUGUAGUCCAGCAGAAUUAGAAGGCACGACCCGAGGGGAGGCUGGUUUCAAACGAUCCCUCGGCGACCCCAAAACUUUUAAGUACUCAAUAAAUGUGUUUUUAUGGUC